AUGAGUAGCAGUAAGAGGAACACCCUCACUGGGCCACGUAGCCGCUCCGGUGCGCUGACAACCUCCUCGAAGAGGAGCCAGGCCCCCACGGCCAGUGGCCCACGGAGUGCCAGCGGAGCGUCCCACCCCCCCAGGGUCAUCCUAGAGCAUCACCAUCCCCGCGAGAGAGAGAGAGAGAGAAGGUCGCCUGCACGCUGGACUGGACUGGACUGGACUGGACUGGAGGGGAGUCACCACUGGAUGUGCGCCCCCACGCUGUCACUGGUGCGCAGCUUUUGAGUUUUAAGCCGCUCCGCGAGUCACCGCGCGCACGCCCACCACCCCCAGAUGGCGACUCGAUAAAGGUUGCUCCCGCCAGUAAACCACCCAGAUCUCACCCUACAGGACCUGUAGCCAUGUUAGGAGCAUCAUUCAGAAGCGGCCGGUUGGCCAGCAGCUCACGGCUAGUUCGACGAGACCGGAGUCUUGUGCACACUGUCCGCAGAGAUGUUGCAACGAUGACCCGACCGGGCCAGGGAAGCCAGGGAAGCCAGGGAAGCCAGGGACGCCUGAGAACAGGACGCCGAUGGCUAGUGGGGAUUGCUGUGGCGAUUGGAUCGGCCUACGCGGCAGACACAUACUAUUCUAACGUAGGACUGAGGUCGGCAAAGGCGCUCUAUGUGAUGCUGUACAUUGCUUACCAAUACUCGCACCUCGACGCAACCACGUCGCAGAACAUGGCCCAAUUGCACGAAUCUGCCGCCACCAGACUCUGUGAAAUGAUCGAGGAGAACAAGGGACUCUACAUCAAGUUGGGCCAGGCCAUAGCCAACCAGGGGACGUUGUUCCCAGUGCAAUUCCAACGCAAGUUUGCGCGACUUUACGACAAUGCGCCUGUAGACCCGUGGCGUAAGAUCGAUGAGUUAUUGAAGAACAACCUCGGGGUAGACUACGAGAAACGGGUGUUUGGAGGCGGGAUAUCCCACGAGCCUAUAGCCAGUGCCUCAAUAGCCCAGGUGCAUCGAGCCGUGCUCACGGACGGGACCGAGGUCGCGGUCAAGGUUCAGCACCCGUACAUCGAGCACCAGAUCGACGCUGACUUGUGGGUGUACCGGGUGGUGACCCGAAUGUAUGAGAGGGUUUUCGAGGUUCCCAUGUCGUUCUUCUCUCAAUAUAUCAGCGAUCAAUUGGAGAAAGAGGUGGAUUUCUUCCAUGAGGGCCGGAAUUCGGAACGUAUUGCCCAACUUGUAGCCAAGGACCCGACGUUACGAGGGUCUGGUGUAGUGAUCCCAGAGACUUUCCCCGAGCACACAACGAAGCAGGUUCUCAUCACGGAAUGGGUUGAAGGCGUGAGUCUUUCCGACAAGGAUAGGCUCAUUGAAGAAGGAUAUGAUUUGAAGCGGCUCAUGAACCAGUACUUGAGUGUGUUGGGACGUCAGAUCUUUGAGUAUGGGUUUGUUCAUUCAGAUCCUCAUCCGGGGAACCUUAUUGCUAGAAGACGACGCACUCAACGAGGCGACAGCCGAGUUGGUCAUCAAUCCGAUAACCACCGUGACUCCUACUUCUCCUGGUUCUCCCAGCUCUCCUGGUUCUCCUGGUUCUGGCCCAGUCCAUGCCCCGUCCAAGAACUCGUCAUACUUGACCAUGGACUCUAUAUCGAUCUCCUGCCACGAUUCCGAAGAGAAUACGCCCAACUCUGGGAAAACAUCUUUCUGUUCAACGUCAAGGGCAUCCAAGCGAUUGGAGACGCCUGGGGCAUAAAAAGCACCGAUCUCUUUGCCACUCUAGUGCAACUCCGACCCGUGAAGAUUCCACAGAAACUGAAUGAGACCACCAAUCGCUCUGAACAAGAUGUCAACGAGGCACUCCGAGACUUCUUGGAUGACUCCAGCAAGUUCCCCCUCGAGCUCAUCUUCAUGUCACGGACGAUGCGGAUGAUGCAGAACUUGAACCAGCAAUUUGGCAGUCCGGUGAACCGAGUGGCCAUUCUCACGCGACAACUGGUGGCGUCCAUAGAAGAGCUCCAUGGAGGCGGGUGGGUUGCAUGGAUGCAGCUUCUCCCGGUGAGGGUGAUUCUCCUAGCCAAUGACAUUGGGUUCCUUCUUGUCCGUUUACGACAGCUCUGGCUAGGCGACCGGUACGGCGGGAAGAAGGCGGGCAUCGAGGACUACCUCGAGGUUUACAUGAAGAACACGGCGAAGUCGAUCGGGAUGGAAUGGGUUUAG